GGGGCUCAGCGCUUGCCCCGAAGAAGGGAGCACAGGGCUCCCCCCUGGCCCGGCGGCCGGCGAGAGCCGAGAGCUGCAGCUGUCCCAGGGAAGUGACAUCACCACCUCCGUGGACAGGACAUCCUCAGGAGCCCCGCUCACAGCUGCUGAUACCUUCUUCCAGGAGCGGCCGGGGGCCUCGAUGGGCGCCUGAGGGCCGGGCGCCCGUUGGCAGGCGAGAGCAUGGUGAGACACCAGCCGCUGCAGUACUACGAGCCCCAGCUCUGCCUCUCCUGCCUCACGGGCAUCUACGGCUGCCGCUGGAAGCGCUACCAGCGGUCCCAUGAUGACACCACGCCGUGGGAACGCCUCUGGUUCUUGCUCCUCACCUUCACCUUCGGCCUCACGCUCACCUGGCUCUACUUCUGGUGGGAAGUCCGCAACGACUAUGAUGAAUUCAACUGGUACCUCUAUAGCCGCAUGGGCUACUGGAGUGACUGGUCUGUACCCAUCCUCGUGACCACUGCUGCCGCCUUCACCUACAUCGCGGGCCUCCUGGUCCUGGCACUAUGUCACAUCGCCGUGGGCCAGCAGAUGAACCUGCACUGGCUGCACAAGAUAGGGCUGGUGGUCAUCCUGGUGUCCACGGUGGUGGCCAUGUCGGCCGUGGCCCAGCUGUGGCAGGACGAGUGGGAGGUUCUGCUGAUUUCCCUGCAGGGCACAGCGCCAUUCCUGCACGUGGGGGCCCUGGUCGCUAUCACUGCGCUCUCCUGGAUUGUGGCGGGACAGUUCGCCCGGGCAGAACGGUCCUCCUCCCAGAUGGCCAUUCUCUGUACCUUCUUCAUCGUGGUGUUUGCCUUCUACCUGGUGCCUCUCACCAUCUCCUCUCCCUGCAUCAUGGAGAAGAAGGAUCUGGGCCCCAAGCCAGCCCUCAUCGGCCACCGCGGCGCCCCCAUGCUGGCCCCAGAGCACACGCUGAUGUCCUUCCGGAAGGCCCUGGAACAGAAGCUAUAUGGGUUACAGGCUGAUGUCACCAUCAGCCUGGAUGGUGUGCCCUUCCUCAUGCAUGACAACACCCUGCGGCGAACUACUAACGUGGCGGAGGAAUUCCCGGAGCUCGCCCGCAGGCCCGCCUCCAUGCUGAACUGGACCAUCCUGCAGAGGCUCAACGCCGGCCAGUGGUUCCUGAAGGCGGAUCCCUUCUGGACGGCCAGCUCCCUGUCGCCCUCCGACCACAGGGAGGCGCAGAACCAGUCCAUCUGCAGCUUGGCAGAGCUCCUGGAGCUGGCCAAGGGCAACGCCACACUGCUGCUCAACCUGCGUGACCCACCUCGGGAGCACCCGUUCCGCGGCAGCUUCCUCAACGUCACGCUGGAGGCCCUGCUGCGCUCCGGCUUCCCCCAGCACCAGGUCCUGUGGCUGCCCAACCGGCAGAGGCCCUUCGUGCGGAAGGUGGCUCCUGGCUUCCAGCAGACGUCGGGCUCCAAGGAGGCGGCCACCAGCCUGCGGAAAGGCCACAUCCAGAGGCUGAACCUGCGCUACACUCAGGUGUCCCGCCAGGAGCUCAGGGACUAUGCGUCCUGGAACCUGAGUGUGAACCUCUACACGGUCAACGCGCCGUGGCUGUUCUCCCUGCUGUGGUGUGCGGGGGUCCCCUCUGUCACCUCCGACAACUCCCACACCCUGUCCCAGGUGCCUUCCCCCCUCUGGAUCAUGCCCCCAGACGAGUACUGUCUCAUGUGGGUCACCGCGGACCUGAUCUCCUUCAUGCUCAUCAUUGGCAUCUUCGUCCUCCAGAAGUGGCGCCUGGGUGGCAUACGGAGCUACAACCCCGAGCAGAUCAUGCUGAGUGCUGCGGUGCGCCGGACCAGCCGGGACGUCAGCAUCAUGAAGGAGAAGCUCAUCUUCUCAGAGAUCAGCGACGGCAUGGAGGUCUCCGAUGAGCUCUCUGUAUGUUCAGACAACAGUUAUGACACGUAUGCCAACAAUGCUCCCACCCCUAUGGAUAACCGAAGGAGUGGCAGCCGCACCAAGACGCUCACAGACCACAGUGGGUGUUAGCCGAAGACCUGUCUGUCCCAGCCUGUACCUAAUGUGGAGACCAGGGAACCCAAGAGAGCUGGCAGAAGCAUGUCUGGCCUGGGAGUGCGCUGGGAGCUGGCUCCAUGGCCUCCUCAUUGGCUCCAGCCCUCUGUCAGCCAUGGCCUCCCUUGGAGGGGGCUCCCCUCUCUCCUGAGGCCCACUUGGGUCAGGACUCCAGCCUCACAGAUGCCCCUGCAGGCCUGGGGCUCCUUCUGGAAAGUUUGGAGCCUGGGGCCUGGUCCUCCCCUGGAGGCCUUCCCUUAUAUCCUGAUCUGGAAGCUCUGAUGAGUCACUGGGCUAUGCCAUGCCCCCUGUGGCAGUUGAGAAUGUGGAUGUCCACCUGUCCGUCCUGUCUAUGCUCAGAGGCAAUCAACUUCUGCAUGUCUCCUGCCUCGAGGGCCUGGACUGGGCCUCUGUUCUUCAUGUCAGUCUCAAAAGCACAAGGAUUUUCAGCCCAGGAGGAAAGCCUGCUGCAGUGGUGGAGACGUUCCUCCCCGACCGGCCUCCUACUACCAGGAGAGGGACCGAGUCACGUCCCCAGGAGCAGCUGGAGAUGGCCAGAAGAGUAGGCUUAAGGCUGCUUUUACCCCUUACCUAAGUGUCCAGCAGGCCUCUAGGGCAGAGUGGCACAGAGGCCCAGGAUAUCCACAGAAUGACACAACCUCAGGUUUCCACAUCUGUGGCCACAGAGCAGUGGCCACAUGGGAAAGAGUGUUCUAAGCAUGGCCAAAGGUGGGCAUAUGGCCAAGGAGGCCUAUAGCAGAGCGAACCUGAGGGCCUUGGUCAAUAUGAUUAAAGCUGCC